GGUCUCCUGCUGCUCUGAGUAAACGGACUGAUUUUGAAAUAAUGCAGUCAGGCUUAGUUUUCCUGUGUCUUUCCUUCUUUGCCUGUGUUUGUACUUCAGCCCAUGAAGAUGCUGAUGCAAAAGCUUGUCCAGAGACGCUUCCUGUAGUGGAAAAUGGAGAGGUUUCCCCAAUGUAUUUGAAAAGUAACUACACUGAAGGAGAUAGAUUGCUGUACAUUUGCCCACAAGGUUAUGUUUCUCUGGGAAAAAUAAUUUUCGUUUGUCAAAAGAACCAGUGGGUCAACAAUCGAGACAAUGCCAAAUGUUCACGGAAACGCUGUGAGCUCCCAGCAGACAUACCAAACGGCCGCUAUGUCAUAGUCAACGGCACUGACUUUGUGUAUGGAGCUACUAUCAAAUACAUAUGCAAAGAAGGCUACCAGAUGGUGAGUCGGGUAAACAACAGGACGUGUUUGGCUGGGGGGUGGGACAACCACUUACCUGAGUGUGCAGAGUUGUCAUGCCCCCUACCUGAAACCGAGAGCAAUGUCAUCAUGGAUGGACUGCUUGAUUAUGACACCACACUGAGAUACGGACACAGGAUACAGUUCACAUGUAACAGUCCUGGACUCAAACUGGUGGGACCAAAAGAAUCCACAUGCCAAGAAAAUGGGGAGUGGAGUGGUCAUCUUCCUCGAUGUGAAGAGGUCACGUGUGAGCUCGAGGAGCUCAGCAGCGGAGUUUCCGUGGUUGGGCUUCCAGAAGAAUAUGCACCCAUGAAGUACGGGCACAAGUUACAGUUCUACUGCUCUCACCGAGAGACGGCUCUGAGAGGACGUGAUGAAGUGACUUGCUCAGCAGGAGGAACCUGGAGCAGCCCUUUUCCAACCUGUGAAGUGCUUACCUGCAAGGAAGGACAGCUGGAUAAUGUGAGAAUUGUCAGGGGAGAUCCUGGCAGAGCUCCACCAUAUAAACCUAAACAUACCUUACAUUUUCAAUGUAGCUAUUCUGACAUGAUUAUGAUGGGACCCUCAUCAAUUACAUGCAGAUCAGAUGGAACAUGGAACAGCCCAUACCCUACAUGCAUAGACAGUGCUUGUGGUCCACCACCCAACUACAGAUUUAGUAGACUAACCAGUACCCCACAGGCCCGUUAUGAGCAUGGUGAAACAGUUCAGUAUACCUGCCCGAGAUACUACAUUAUAGAAGGGAGCCCCUAUGCAACCUGUAAUCAGGGAACAUGGACAGGAGGACAUUUAAGGUGUUUAGAACCUUGUAUUGUGACAGAGGAUGAUAUGGAUGACAGGAAAAUAAAACCACGUUCCUACAGGAAGGAAACACUAACGAUAUAUUCUGGCUACUAUUUGGAAUUUGAAUGUCAAUAUCGAAGGCGAGCAAAAACAAACCGUAACUCCUUUAUGCCGCAGUGCAAUAAUGGAGUAAUGUAUUUGCCUCUUUGCCAAUAGUGUACCUUAGGCCACUAACACAUGUUGGUGAAGUAAUUAACCUUUUAAGUCUGCAACCAGAUUUACAAAGACUAGUGAAAAUCUGACUUGUGUUUAUUCAAAUCUCAGAAACAAGCAAAUCAGACAGACGCAACAUUAAUGAUUAUACUUAAGAGGCAAAUUAUGAAGUUAAGAAAUGCAUUUUUACCUGUUUCAUUUUAUACUGAUUAUUUGUACUAAUCAUCUUGUAUACAUGCAUACCAGCUUGCUCUCUACUAAGUGUUAAAAUGAUUCAUAAAGGAGUUAAAGAACACCAAUAAAUUUGUUUUGGAUAUUCA